AUGGAUACAAUCAGUACUCUGCUGCAAAACAUUAAACAUGAUGACAACUAUAAAAGCACCCAGGUCAUCAACUCUGCAAAACCUGGUCCAGAUCCUUCUGAUCGUAGUAAACAUCUCGCUCAUGGAAUUCGAUCUAGUAAUUACUCACUUUCGAGUAAUGUAUAUUUACAAAAUCAGUCCAAUAAUCUUAUUCAGUCAUUGACAAAUGCUAUUUCGAAACAUCACCAUUCAGCCGCAUACAGCAUCUACACUGAUUUGGUAAAGCACACUCCUGAUUUGCUAACCAAUAUACCCAUCAGAGCAUACUUUGACUUGAUCAAAAUUACACUGACUGGCGAUGUUCAAAGUUUGUCAGGAUAUACAACCACACAGCGAUCGCAACAAGCACUGUCAGUUCAUGAGCACAUGUCUUUGAUAGUCAAUCCUAAACAACCAGAUAUACUGUUUUACGCAGGAUUGAUUUGUAUCUAUGCCAAAAACAAUGAUAUUCCAGCCAUCGAAACAACUCUGGCACAAGUACACCGAUCCAAGCUUGACUUUAAUACAGCUGAUAUUUUACCAAUGUUGAUUCGCGCUUAUCUAUUAUCUGGCCAACCUUUGCGAAGCUUGGAGUAUUUUAAGCGGUAUUGCAUAAUAGACGCAACUGCUAAACCUUUCAAUCAUCUCAUAAAAUCAUAUUCGCUUUUAAAUGACGAACAAGGAAUUCAGGAUACUCUUGAUAGUAUGCGCAAACAAGAGAUCUUGAAGGACUCGACGACCUACCACAUUCUUGCAAUGCAUUACUAUAAAAAAAAGGAUUUUCAAGCUAUAGGAAAAUACAUUAACGAAUCUGAAGCGCAUUCAUCAGCAUCAAAGCAUCGUACUGGCUGGGAUUCUAUGUCAAAACUGAAACUUCGGUUUGCAGUCACAUCUCAAAACUGGUACAAGGCGUUGCAGAUUAUUAAAAAAGCCGAAAUCUUUAGCACUUGCAUUCCAAAAGAACUGGAAGGUGAUAUCAUCACUGCGUAUGCAUUUGGAAUCCAAAACGACGUUGGAUUGUUGCUAAGCACGUAUUGUUCUAGUAUCUCAACUGCUGGUCCACUUCAAUCAAACAUAGAUUCAAUUGUAGCACAUCGACUUGGAUCUGCUACCAAUAGUAAGGUUUUGAAAUCUCUCUAUAGUGCGGCCAACGAAUGUAAAACUCCAAUCGUUCAUGUAUUGACUGGUAUUGCAAAUGGGUACAUUGAGCAAGAUGAUAUUGUGUCUGCCAACCUAAUCAUGAAUGAGAUUUCCGCUCGUGAGCAUCAAAUUCCUAUCGUUUUGCAACGUAAAUUAGCAUGGAAGCAUCUUAUCAUCUGCGAUACUGACGGUAUAUUUGAUUGGCUGGAUAAAUUUGAGCAAUCCCAAGAGAUAUUUGAUUACUCAUUUUGGUAUAAUGUAAUGAAAUGGACUCUCCAAACCCAAUCUGCUGAAACAGUCGAUAAAGUCGCUUCCCGCAUUCAAAAAUACAUUAAUGAGGAUACUAGUUCGAUUGUAAAUUCUAUACGCCAUCGACUUGUUAUUUCUGGUAUAAAUCCUCUGCCACAAACUACUACUUUGAAUCAUGAUUUAGACCUCAUAAAUGAAAAAUAA